AUGGCUGAGAUCACUGUGCAGCUGGAUGAGGUACCAGGGGGUGUUGGGAGUGUCCUGGAUAGGCGGUUUGGCGACACGGUCCCAUUGGAAGCUGAUCUUUUUUUGAACUUGUCAAAAUUCAAACACCAUCAUUUAGUUUCUAUUAAAUUUAUCACCCCAAUGCGUUGUCAUGCAAGUGGUACACAACAUGUCAUGUUACGUUAUGAUAGCGGUUCAGGGGAACUCCGUAUUGGUUCGGAUCAUUCUUUCCAUAUCCCCACAAUUGAUCAAAACGAAUUACUACUAAAAUGCUUACAUUUUAUAAACCUGGGAUCGUUACGAACUGAAUUAGAAGAAAAGUUAGAGACAUUUAAAAUAGAAAGCAAGAAAAAGAGGAAGACUGUCUUCUAUAACAAGAUCACAAAACAACUCCGAUCUGUUAAUAAGAGUUUGAAGGAUGUACACUGUCAUGGGCCUUUUUUACACAGUAAUUCCAAUCAGGUUACCGUAAAUUUAGAUUUAUAUCUUCUUUACAAGCCAAAUUCAUUCAACAAGUUUGAUGUUGAGACAAAUUCAUUGCUGGAUCUUCUCUACUCAAGGUCAUUCAGUCAAAAUGACUCCGAAAUUACAACUUCUUUCAUUCAAAGAUACUUCAUUAAUCAAACUGUCCACUACACAAAACAAAUAUUACCUAGGCCAUCUUUUGAGGAUAUAAUAGAAAAUUUAAGAUUGCGACUGUUACCCUUCCAAAUGGAUAGUAUACAAUGGAUGCUGGAUAAAGAAGGUUACAACAAUCAGUACAUUCCACCAAAGACAAAUCCAACACCGCACGAGUUAAACAAUUUCUUAAAUAGUAAGAUAUGUUUUGGUUAUGAAAUUGUAAAAAAUGACUACUUAUUUUGGAACAAAUUUACAAAUUUUAUAUUAGACUAUAAGGAAGCUAUGCAACUCUACGAAAAUUAUGACCAUAGUCAACCAAAGGCAAAGGGACUCCUAUCUGAAGAAAUGGGUCUUGGCAAGACAAUUGAAAUACUGACUCUCAUAAUGCUAAACAAAAGGAAAUUGACUGAAUCACAGACUUUUCUAACGCAUGAUAAUAAAACUAUUCAUAGAACCAAAACUACAUUAAUCAUAUGUCCAAAUCCACUUUUACAACAGUGGAUCAAUGAAAUAAACGAACAUACUAACCCUGGCACCAUAAAAAUCUUUCACUAUCUGGGUUAUAACGAUAUAAUUCUUAAAUUUAAAACGAACAAUAUAGAAGAUAUCGUCAAAAAGCUUUCUACUUACGAUGUGAUUAUUACUACCUACAAUAUUAUAAAUCUAGAGAUACAUUAUGCACAAUAUAAUGCAAAUUUGAGAUCAAGAAGAAACCAGUAUACGCAACCCAAAUACAAUUAUUCUUCUCCCUUAUCAUUGAUGGAAUUUUUCAGAAUUAUAUUGGAUGAAGUUCAAAUGUUGAAGUCUGAUAACACACAGGCUGCUAAAUGUACUAGUUUACUUUAUAGAGUCCAUACUUGGGGCGUGUCAGGAACACCAAUACAAAACAUUCGUGAUUUUCAAACAAUUCUUUCUUAUUUGAAAAUAUCUCCAUUUUGUGAAAAUAGUGACAUCGUGACAAAUGUAGAUAAAAACAUUGGAAGAGAAAAUACUGUUCUCAGUAAUGGAAUACAAUUUUCCAUUAAUGAUGUUAUGGAAAUUUUUAUUCGUUAUGAUAUUUGUAUAAGGCAUUCUAAAUCAGACGUUGUGUCUCAAAUUCAUAUCCCUAAACAGACAAAUUAUUUGAUACCAUUGGAAUUCAACCCCAUUGAGUGGGAUAACUAUUUGAACCUGUGGAAUGAUUUCAUACUAGCGUCAGGCUACGGUCCAAGGGGUGAAAACAAACCAAACCUGUCGACAAACCAGUUAAAUCAAUGGUUGACGCAAUUGAGAUAUCUGUGCUGUCAUGCUAUUAUACCCGAAAACCUUAUGUCGAACACUUUUUCGCACGGUAAAAGUAAAAAGCUCGAAGCCUUCAAUCAAGUAAAUGAGAUGGUCCACAAUAUUAAUGACAUUUUGAAAAUAAUGACCGCCGAGACGAUCGAAUCCUUGAAUUCUUUGUACAGAGAAAAUUAUCAGCUUAAGAUAAGAACUGCACAGGUCGAAAUGGAGUUGAAUAAUGAUCCUUUAAAAGCAAUACCCACCUUGAAGAGUGUUACAGAAAAUAUAAUAAAUGACCUCAAGAUCAAAUUUAACAUUGAAGACAUUUUUACUAUAGACUUUGAUGAAAUUGAUAAUGACAAGGUGAAAAUAAGAUCUUACUUAGAUUUGUUGAAUCAAUGCUUUUUUUUCAUAGGCACUUCAUAUUAUUUUAUGGGUUCCAAAAAAUUAGAGAUGGUUGAUGAUGAAAAUACCAAGAUCAAAUUAAUGAAUGAAAAAGAAGAUGAUAAGAAGGAAGUGAAAGAGGAAAAAAAGUAUACAGACUAUUAUUCCAGCGAAGAACUUUUGGCUAUAGAGAAAAAUCAAUUACUCGAACAAGAAAAUUAUGAAAUUGCUGAACGUUUAAGGAAACAGAUUUUGUUAGAGAGAGUUCAAAAAGUGGAAGAAACUAUCUUAGAAAUUCAAGCAUUUUUCAAUGAUACCAAUAAAACAACCGAUAAAGCGUUAAGACUGCAAAUUAUUGGUUUUAAUUUUAAGGAUAAUUUUGCUUCGAACAUGUUAAUCUCAAAUAUUUUUAAAGCACUAAGUUCAAUGUUACUAGCGUUCAAUAAACAGGCAAUGCAAUUUAAUUCUUUAAUUGAACAAUUGAUCGAGUUACUGUAUAAGCCAAUAAGUAGGGAAUAUGAUGAUGAUAAUGAGGAAGAUAAAGCUAUGGAAUAUUCAACAUCCAUCGACGAUCAAGAUAAAAUUUUUGCAAUCUUCCACUGUCUUGAAGAGCUUUUAAAAAAUAGAGACUUGGUUAUAAAUUCAGAUGAAGAUGAUAUUAAGCUAAACACUAAAAAUUCUGUUCAAGUUGAUGCAACUUUUUCUCAAUAUCACUUAGAUUUGCUCAAAAAUUUGGAAAUUAUUGGAAAGGGUACCUCUUUGAAAUCUAUAUUUAGUGAUUUGAAAAAUUCUAAAAUUGUAAGAUCAUCAUUAACUAGUGGUGCUAAUAGAGAUGGCGCUGAUUUUGAAGAUUAUUUAUUAUCCUAUGAGGAAGAAAUUGGAAGGAUAAACAAAGAAGACAAGAAUGUCAGAGAAUCUAUUAAAAAGUUAAAUCUUAUUUAUAAUUCAAAAAUUGAAUAUUAUAGUCACUUACAAAGGAUUUCGGAUUCUUUGAUAUCGAUUAUUCAACUAGAACCAAACGUCAAGAAUUCCAUCCUCAGAUCUAUAAAAGAUGAUAAACAAUACAAAGAAAAUCUUACAAAGAUCAGUCAAAUUGAAUCAAGAAUUAAAUAUCUGAAAAAUUUAAGCAAGAUACAGGAUCUAAUUGAACAGAAUAAAUCUUUCAACUGUCCAAUUUGCUUAAAUACUAUUUAUAUGGGUUCAAUAAUUAAAUGUGGCCAUUUCUUUUGCAAACAUUGUAUUUUUAGCUGGCUAAAAAAUAAAUCUGUUUGCCCAAUCUGUAAAAAGACAACUAACAAGAAUGAACUUUAUCAUUUCAAAUUCAAGAAUAAGGAGGAGGAAGUGAAUAAACCAGUUGGGGAAAGGGUUCUUGGAUCGAAAAUUGAUGGUAUCUCUCCUUCUUUGCCUAGCAAUGAUAAAGUCACAGUUAAACAAACAAAAGAAGAUGCUGACGAAGAGGAGGAUGAGGAAAUCUUCAAUGAAAAGUUUGUGAAAUUUCCUCAAAUAAAUGAAGUGGCGCAAUUAACAAUAAAGGAAAGUUUUGGUGCUAAGAUUGAUUUUGUAAUUAAAUUGAUAUUAUUUUUAAAGUUGAAGAGUCAAUCUGAAGAGAGGGAUCCACCACAGAUUUUAAUAUAUUCACAAAAUUUUGAAUUUUUGAAAAUCAUUACAAAGAUUUUGACACUUAACCACAUUUCACAUUUGUCAUGUUUUUCUAAUACUAAGUCCAUCAGUUCAACUAUAGAGAAAUUCAAAAGGAACAAUACCAUUACAUGUCUCUUAAUGAAUGUAAAAACACUGGGUGCGGGAUUAAAUUUGCUUAAUGCUAAACAUAUAUUUCUUUUGGAUCCAAUAAUUAACCAUAAUGAUGAAUUGCAAGCAAUGAGUAGAAAUAAUAGAAUUGGACAAAUGGAAGAAACUUAUGUUUGGAAUUUUAUGAUAAAGGAAUCUGUUGAAGAAAAUAUAUUCAAAUAUAAGUGUAUCCUGGAAAAUAAUAAGAGGCAAAAGGAGAAAUUUUCGAAUGAAAAUGAUGAAUUAGAAGAAGAGUUUGAGAUUAAUGAGAAUGCGACUGAAUUUAUUGGAGAUAGACAUUUAUGGAAUUGUUUCUUUCAAAAACAAUAG